UCUAUACAACAACGGCGUAGUAUCUUGCUGGUCGUUCUCGAUAGUGGAAGUGAUUGUGCUCCGUUACUUCCCUUCUCCUUCACAUCCCUUGCAAGUGCUAUAUACAGUCUCAACUGUCAAUCAACCGGUGUACAGUUUCCUGAACCCAAUGUACAUGGGUACGGUUGAAAGGAUCAAGAUCAAUACCUCGACCACCACACUACGCGCGUGACAAUACAAUACGAGAAAUAGACCGUGUGUAAAAUAGUGAUGUUGGUGUGUUGUAUAAUGGUGGUGUGAUCGAGGCUCACACAGGCAGGUGGCGACCACGUGGGCUUGUUAUUGUAAGCUGGGGUGGCCCCUGGAUGGUCAGGACGGGCGGGAGGCUCCGGGUAUAAUUGGAGUUCAAGUUCAAGUAUGUUUAUUGAGACAAGAAAAAAUACAUCUCAAAGGGAUAGAGUAGCUUAGGCUAUUUCUACCCCCCCCCCUCUACUUCAAGUCCCUCAAGGGGCGCACAAAUUCAAGGAUUUUUGUUGAGCUGUGGGAACCAUGCUUCGUGUGACACCAAGGUUGGCUUACCUGACAUCGUUAACUGUACGCCAUUGCAAUUUCUCGGCUACCAGGUGUGCAGGUGUUCAGCGAUGGCAGUCGACAGCAGCAGCAGCAGCAGCCGCCACCACACCUCGUAAUGAGCCCCUGAGCAACCGAACCCCUCCUCAGGAGUUGCGCGCUGCUCAGAGUAUAUACAAUUUUAAUGUCCAGGCCAUGACAGAAUUACUUGAUCAUGAUAACCAUGCAAUGAGGGCCAAGUUUCGGGAGUUCAUGAAUGAUCCAGUAAUGGUUCCCCGCUACAACAUUCCCUUGGAUGUGGAGCGUGAUGUAGCUCUUGAGCGGCUUCAACGCAUCUGUGACGCAGGAUUUAUCUCUGUUCUUGACUUCCGUAACAACCCUCUCCGUAUUUUUGCUGCUCAUGAGCUAGCUGCCAUUGUAGAUCCUGCAAUGGCCACCAAGAUGACUGUGCAGUUCAAUCUGUUUGGAGGCACAGUUUUGAAGCUGGGCACUGAACGGCACCACAAGAAACUUCUAGCUGGGAUUGAUAACUUACAAGAUAUUGGAUGCUUUGGAUUGACAGAACUGGGUUAUGGCAACAAUGCUGUGGAGAUGGAAACAACAGCUGUAUAUGACAAGGAGACAGAGGAAUUUAUUGUUAACACUCCCACUACCCUGGCACAAAAGUAUUGGAUCACCAAUGGAGCUGUUCAUGCCAAGCAUAUAAUUGUAUUUGCACAGCUGUUUGUUGACGGUGUUAACAAUGGUAUUCAUGGCAUUCUAGUGCGCAUCCGUGAUGAUAAUUUAAAGGUUAUGCCAAAUGUUCGUGUUGAGGACAUGGGAUACAAAAUGGGCUUGAAUGGAGUAGACAAUGCUAAGCUGAUAUUUGACAAUGUGAGAGUACCUCGGGAAAAUCUGCUCAAUAAGUUUAGUGACGUUUCUGCACAAGGAGAGUUCUCAUCUUCUGUCAAGAGUGCACGUUCCCGGUUCCUCACAGUAGCAGAUCAACUGCUCUCGGGUCGUAUUUGCAUUGCCAGCAUGUCUAUGGGUGUGGCUAAGGCCUCACUCACCAUUGCCAUACGUUAUGCAGCAUCUCGCCUCACUGUAGGUCCUAAAGGAAAAUCUGACAUGUCGAUUCUACAGUACCAGCUGCAGCAGCGAGCCCUCUUGCCUCUUUUGGCCAGGACAUACGCUAUUAAUUUUGGCCUAGAUUAUGUCAAGCAACGAUGGGCCUUCCAGGCUGCAGAUGGCUCGGAGCACCCCGAAGUUGUGACGGCAUGCUGUGUCAUUAAACCCCUAGCAUCGUGGAACAUGGAGGAAGUCGUUACAGUGAGUCGUGAACGGUGUGGUGGUCAGGGCUUCCUCUCCUGUAAUAGAUUUGGCACCUUCUUUGGUCUGGCUCAUGCAGCGAUGACAGCCGAGGGUGACAAUUGUGUCCUCAUGCAGAAAGUGGCAAAAGAAAGGCUGGAAAGCUUCAAACCCUUAGUGACAAAUACUGAUCUCCCAACAGAUCCUACUAACGUUGAAUUUUUACAUGAUCUUCUGAAUCGAAGAGAAAAUCUUUUCUUUAAGAAUUUGGGGGAAAAGUUGAAAGCUGUAGGGAGAGCCGGACUGUUUGAUACGUGGAUGCUUAAUGAAUCCGACUUGGUUCAAGGUGCUGCCAGGGCCUUUGGAGAAAGGAUGAUCUCUGACCAAUUUGCUGAUGUUCUUAAGAAGUGUGAGAGCAGUCUGAAGACUCCUUUGACUAAAUUGUAUCACCUGUACCUGUUGGACAUUGUGGAGAAGAACAUGGCUAGCUUCAUCACCACAGGUCUUAUAACCCCAGAGAUAGCUGCACAGGUGGUAAUUGUGUCCCGUGCUGUUUGCAAAGAUCUUGGUCCAGAUGCCCUUGCUCUAUGUGAAGCCUUUGCCAUCACUGACUCAAUGCUGUCUGCACCCAUUGCCCUUGACUGGGUAGAGUAUAAUGUCGGAGACAACCAGGGGGAGCUUUAGAGUUUAAUAUGUUAAUGCUUAGAUCUCUUGGUAAUAUUUAAUGAACUACUUAAUAAAUAUACUUAAAUGCAAUUAAAGUUAGUACCUAUAGCAUUCAUAAUCUUGAUAGAUUGAAGUUUACUUCUAUGAUUUAAAAUUUAUGUAAAUCAUGUUUGUUUUAUUUUUGGAAAAUAAUAAUUACCAGCUUUUUGAUGGGUAUAAAUUUAUGUUCAUUCAAAAUUAAGACCUAAACAGUAGAGUGGACAAGCUGGGGAUAAAAGUAAGGUGAAUACAAGUUCAAGUAUGUUUAUUGAGACAAGAAAGAAAUACAUCUCAAAGGGAUAGAGUAGCUUAGGCUAUUUCUACCCCCCUUAAGGUGAAUACAAGCUGGGGAUAAAAGUAAGGUGAAUAUAUAAUAGAUUAUUAAGUGAAGAGUCGUCAUGAAGGUCUUGGAUCUGUGAGGAGUACACUAGGUUUCAGGACCAACUGCCUAAUUUUGCAAUGGUAAAUAUUUGGACAUAAUAUUGUACAGAAUGCAUGUGUUAACGUUGUGCAUGUUUUAAAUAUACAAAA